AUGACUGGCUCAGCUAUGGAAAUCACUUGGCGACAUUGGUCCUCUAUCGUGGAAGACGACCUCAACGACACGAAAGACAGCCAGAAAACUGACGAAAAUUUCGCAGAACAGUAUGAGCUACGUCCAGUAUGGCAACGGGCCGGCCUUUGCUCUGCUUUUUUCGCUGGGGGAGUUGUGGCUGCUUCAGCGAUCCUUAUUGCUCGCGUUCGGUUUCUACGGAUUCUGGACGUGUUUCCGCCGCUUGAGCAGCUCACUUCAACCACAAAAAAGUCAAGGCCAUCAAUGCUUUCCCAAAUUCCCAAAAGACACAUUUUCAUACAAUCCUCUUCUUAUACGAGAGGUCGAGGCGUUUCUUUCCCACUAUCACGAUGCGUGUUACACGAAGGCAGGGAUGAUACGGAGUUGUUCCUGGAGAUAGCGGGGGAACGGGGACAUUGGUACAUCGGUCUACAUGGUGCUCUUAUCAACGGCAGGAAAAGCUCCCCGUUAGAAGCAAGGGACGCUAUAAUCCAGCAAUGGGAGGGCGGUACACUGUCUAAAGAACUCGCCAACCCCCUUAUUGUCGACGGGCGGUGGAAGAAAGGCCCCAUUGUAGCAUAG